AUGGUUAUUUUAUAUUUCCUUUUACAAGUAUUCAUUAGCUUUGUAAUCGAGAAUUGGCUAACGUUUGGUUUGUUAACUAUUUUCUUGAUAUUCUACAUCAAUCAUAUUACCAAAAUCAAUCAUUUUAAAAACAGAGAUAUAAAAUAUAUCGAGCCGAAUAUACUAGUCGGAAACUUGUGGCCGAGACUGUCAUGUAAAAAAUCAUAUUUUGAAACUCAGCUGGAUAUUUACAAUCAUUUUAAAGGUGAACGUUAUGCAGGAUAUUUCGAAGGAAGCAAGCUUGUAUUAUACAUCUUGGACCCAGAUCUUCUAAAAGCCGUUAUGAUCAAAGAUUUUGAUUAUUUCGUCAAUCGAGUUGCUAUGCCGAGCAAUAAAAGGAAACAAUAUUUAAAUAGGAUGAUUUUAGAUUUGAAGAAUGACGAAUGGAAAUCGGUACGCACUUUGGUAACGCCCACUUUUAGCUCGUUUCGUUUGAAGAACAUGUACCCGUUGAUGCAAAAUAGUUCUAGAAAACUCUUAGGAUAUUUAGAGAAAAUAGAUUGUUCAGAAGUUGAAAUUAAAGAAGUCAUGGGGUACUACACUUUAGAUGUUAUUGGCGCGUGUGCUUUUGGCAUAGACUCAUGUUUCAACGAAGAAACAAAUACAGAUUUCAUCAAGGCAGCUAAGAACUUCAAUAAAAAGUCUUCGAUAAGUAAUGCAUUGGUGAAGAUCGCGCUGCUAUUGCCACCAGCGUUGUUGCAACAUCUGAACAUAUCGGUGUUCAACUCAGACGCACUUGAAGUUUUACUUGGUAUAUUGAAACAGGCUAAAGCUGAUAGGAGAUCGUCGAAAAUUGAGCGAAGCGACUUCCUACAACUUUUAAUACACGCCGCAGAAAAAGAGCAAGAGGAAAAAAAAGGUUCCAUUGAUUUGGACGACGAAACAAUAGAUGCUCAAGCGCUAAUAUUCCUGUUAGCGGGCUACGAGACGUCAAGCACGCUGCUGUCCUUCGCUAUCCAUACCCUUGCCGUGCAGCCGGAGAUCCAGCAGCGGCUGCGGGAGCACGUACGCGACGUCACCGGGGGGGAGGACGUCACGUACGACCACCUCGGCGAACUCGACUAUCUCGAGGGCGUCUUACUGGAAACAUCACGUCUCUAUCCACCAUUUCCGAGAAUUGAGCGAGUGUGUGUGAAGCCUUACACCCUGCCUGGAACCAACGUACGCAUCGAAGUUGACGAAAUACUAGCGAUACCAGUGGUCGCCGUUAAUACGGAUCCAAACUUGUAUCCAGAGCCUGAUAAAUUUAUACCAGAGAGAUUCACCCGCGAGACGAGAAUGAAACGACCGAGUCACCAUUACUUGACAUUCGGAGCUGGCCCUAGGAAUUGUAUAGGCUAUCGCUUUGCGAUGUUAUCUAUGAAGCUCGCCAUGUGUGUUCUGUUGAGGAAUUACAAGUUUUCACUGUGUUCAAGAACUGAUAAUCCUCUAGAAAUAGACAAGGCAGUAUCAUAUUUGAAAGUCAAGAACGGUAUUUGGGUUAGAUUGGAUAAAAUAAAUUAAAUGUAGCCGUU